AUGAUCACUAGGAAACGAUUGAAUUAUAGUAGUGUGUUCAAUAAUUUUGUUUCCAAUACUCAUUCUACACUGAAUACUACGAGUAAUGAUGGUUCCAAUCCUAACAACCAAACGAACCAUGAACCUCAAGAAAUUCAAUCCCGUUCAAUUAAGAAAGAUGAACCAAUUUCCGAAAUGAAAGACAAGCCUUUGAGUGGUGAUUCUUAUUAUCAUUCCGAGAAGAUGCAUCAAGCAAUGAUGAGUAGAUCUCUGAUCACGACAAGCCAAUCCAAUGCUUCCAUUAUUGAUGGUGAUGAUGAUCAUUCCGAUUCAUUCUCGAUUCAACCCAAAGACAAAUACAAUAUUGAGGAACGACUUGAGGCUCUUGAACGAUUUUGCUUUGAAUUUGAAAUUGAUGAUCCUUUAGAGGAUCACUUUCGAGAGGAAUUUGAAAACAUGAAACAUCAAUUGGAUAAGGAAGCAGAAGCGAGUGGAUUAUGGUUGGAAUCUGUACAAAGUAAUGUAAAUAUCAUGAAGAAUAGGCUUGGAGUAAUGAUAAAGAAAGUUGAAAAACUCUCACAAAAUGUUGAAAGUUAUUUGGAACGAAAUCCUUCCUUAAUCAUAGAAGUGAAGGAAGUAAAAGAAGAGAAUCAUGCAUGA